GGUAUUGUCAUUUUACGUUAGUCAUACAAAUCCGUCUCAUUCGUGCAAUCGUUUAUCGUUUUAUGUUGCUUCUGAUCGUUUUUAAUUUUUAUAAUUACUAAUCGGCAGUUGCACAAAGAACAGUUAGAAUACAUGCAAAUGUUAACUUAUAUGUGAAGUGGUCUUAGUCCAAGUUGUAUUUUGUAGUGCAAACAAUACUUUUGUUGUUAACGUUUCCUGAGAACCUCUACAAUGCCGACCAGUGCCGUUUAUCAACCUACAACAGUGACUUACGAGCAACAACCAAAUGAUCAGCGAUGGAAUUGCCCCAUCAGCUACUUUUCACGGCGUGUGACAAGUAGUCUGAAUAGGGGUGUUUGUGUGCGACUUGGAUUAUGUCUUUUAGGAAGCACACUGUUUAUCAUUGGUUUGGCUCUACUGAUAGCGGGCGGUGUUCAGAUGUCAAAUGCGACCCCAUCACCGCAAGGCUCCGAUGACGGACUGGGCGCUCUCGUCGCCGGCGGAGUUAUACUGUUCUUGGGACUAUUGAUUGCAGGUGUCGGCGGCUGGGCCUGGUCGGCUAGAUGGGGUGGCGGCAAGGAGGCUCCAGCCAGCGGUGCGGCAGCCCUCACCGCGCUCAACCCCUCUACAGACCCUCUGGUGGCAGCGCAGUACGCACCCGUGCGCGACGCCCCGCCCGCGCCUGACGACGAAAUGCGCAAUCUCAUGGAUAACAAGGAAUGCUUAAGCAGUGCAGAAGAAAGCGAUAAGAUGUUGGACGGCCGGCCUUCAGUGGCGUAAGAUAUUGAUAAAAAAUGAAACCUCAGGCAAGCCCUGGUUAUAUUUCUGUCCCCCUAUUCGUCAACGUGUUCGAAAUAUAAACCCUGUUACAUAAAAUAUUCAUAAGCAUAGAACAUAUUUUCGUGGUAACCCAUUUUGAUGCCCUUUUUGAUCGCAUCUUAACUUUACAAUUUAUAUGGCUACCCUUUAGGGGGCGCCAUUAUUAUUAAGCAUUUCAUCUUCUGCAUGUGUCCUGUCUCAAUGGAACAUUUCAAGGUACAAAACUAAUACGAGAAAUAUGGCAAUGUUUGGAAACUUUAUGUGGUUUUAUUGUGUGAUAAAAUAUUUUAUGUACGUACCUUGAUAUAAUCGACUUUAACUAAAAUCGAGAACAUUCGAAUCGAAUUAUUUUCUGUUAUAUUUUUACCGUGUUUUAAAUAACACUCUCUUCUAUUUUACUCGUAUGUCUCAAUUUAUGAAUGUCUUCAUCUCUAAGACAUUUUAUUCUAUUAAUCCGUAUUGUAAGAUUAAAAUAGGUUUCAUUAUUGUAUGUACAUGUGAUUUAGUAAAGACAUGUGGCCAAAUUAUCGUCCAUAUUCUUAGGAUUGUAAUACCCAUAUUCUUGAUCUGUCGUUUCUUUAUCUUUCGAGUAAAGGAAUUUAGUAAAUUACGUUGUGUUGGAAAGUUACUUUAAAUAUGUAACUUUUUCAAAACACUGCUUUUGAUGUAUUCUUCAUUAGUAUGUGAUAUUCGCCUCGAGAUACAUAAGAAUCGGUUUCGUCAAAAAUUUUGUAUCUAUUUUGUCUUUUAAAUCGCUUACCGGUGUUUGUAAGUUCUUAAGGAUAUUAAAAUAAUGGGCGAAUGUCAAGCAAUAAAUAAAAAUCGCCUAAAAAUAUAAAUAAAAAUAUUGAGUCGUCGAAAUAGCAUUUAAGUGGCUGCGUAUAACGCAUAUUAGAAUGUUGGGGAAAGGGAUUUGCCCCCAAAUACUUUGCAGAUUUUUUUUUGGCGUGUACGGGUCAUUAGCUAUUUUUUAUUGAGCCUAUGUUCGGACGACUCAAGAAUAUUUGUAUUAAUUAUACAUUUCUUUGCUUACACAUAGCGAAUAGGUUAAGAAAAAUGAAAUUUUGCUUUAAAAUCAUUGUUUGCUUUUUGCAAAACGUUUACUUUAAGUGGUAUUUCUUAGUCGUGUCGUCUUAUAUUUUUCUUGAUUUAUGUACAAUAUUUUAUAUUUUAUGUUGACACCGUCCUUUUUAGAUUUAAGUCGUCCAGAUUCGUGAGCUAAGCCCUACAUAUAAAGGGCGAUGUCCAAGUAGAUGGAUUCCAUGGCAUUUAAUUUUAUAGAAAUCUAGGAUUUUGGAUUGAUAUUAUUUUUGUUUUACAGCUCUCUUUAUUGCGUGCAAAACGAAUUAUUUAAAGCUAAACAAACAAUGUAAUCUGUUAUAACGAUCAUAUUAAAGUUAUAAAUCGUACGAUGUGAAUG